AUGACUUGUGUACUCAUUACUGGGCCAGAGGACACUCCCUAUGCCAAUGGCUGUUUCGAGUUUGACGUUUAUUUCCCAGUUGAUUACCCAACGUCACCACUGCACAUCAAUCUCCAGACCACAGGAGAAGGACGUGUGCGAUUUAACCCCAACCUGUAUCAGGAUGGGAAGGUGUGCCUGAGCAUCCUCAAUACCUGGCACGGCCGCCCAGAGGAGAAGUGGAACCCCCAGACCUCAUCUCUCUUGCAGGUGUUGGUCUCCAUCCAGUCACUCAUCUUCGUGAGUGAGCCGUACUUCAAUGAGCCAGGAUAUGAGAGGUCAAGAGGCACACCGGCUGCAAUGCAAAAUUCAAGGGAAUAUGAUGCAAACAUCCGUGCAGCAACAGUCAGAUGGGCCAUGCUGAACCCGUGCGCACACGGAUAAGAAAAACCUCAAGAGCCAACUUGUUCAUGGGCAAACCACAGAGUGACACCAGUAAGCAUGGUGGUCACAGUUCGGGCAUCCCUGUGAGCAAAGUCGGCAGCAGCAGUUCCAGCAGUAGCAGUAGCAGCAGCACGGCUGUCAGUAGCACAACAGUGAAGUCCCUCCAGUACGGGGCCUCGGAUCAGGAGGUAGCGGAGGGUGGCCUUGCGCUGCUGUCAUUAGGGGAACAGCAGCCUGUUUCCUUAAUGCCAGAGCUAGUCCAGGCCACCAAAACCACCACAUGCCAGAGUGCAGACAGCAGCAAGAUUGACGGCGAGUUGGACGAGGUGGAAGACGAAGUCUGCAACCAUGUGAAUCAUUCUAGUUCCUCAGUCAAAAAAGAGUCACCUAGUUCACAUAAUACGUCAGCGGGAAUGCCCUGCUAGCAUCACGCACUUUUGUGUUUUUUUCCUUUCGAGCCCAAGACCAAUCUUGCCUGAACUAUUCUGGUGCACACAUUAUUUUGAUCCAAAGUUAAGCUACUUUGUGAUACCCAAGACUCAGAAAAUGUAAGAAUCAAUAUAAUGUGAUUUCUACCCUUUUGUUUCCCCAGAGCUCCAGUGACAAGUUUUCAGUACAUUCCAAUGGUUGGUUUGGUCACUUGUCAGCUACAAAGUGGAGCUAGUUUGUGUAGGCCUCUCAUGGUGAAACUGUCAUGAACAGGACAUGUGGGAAGAAAACCCUUCAUGAUAACUCUGUGAUUGAAUUAUUUAUAGUCAUAAAACUCAGUGAAUGGAUGACGUGUUGCAGUUUAUUGAGUUCUGAUACUGUCACAAGUACUUCCACGUACUGCGCAUUUAGGAUCUGACCACAGUACGACCUGCUUGCAAGCACUGCAAAACUUACGGUAUUUUGUUGUGACUGACUGAACUGGAUACACAAUUAUUUAGCAAUUGUCUGCAUGACUUGUGUUUGCUAGUCAAUGUGUGAGUUGUGUUCAGUGUGACUAAUUGUAUCUUUUCAGUUUCAUACUGUAAUUCACUAACACAUAAGAAACAUGUGGAUAUGAGCUGUACAAAUUAUUUCUUAUUGCCUAAUUGUGAUGUGCAUAGUGUAUGAGAAUGGCGGCAAGUAUGAUUUUUACGAUCAGUGUGCGCUCACUGCUGUUUAGUCUAAUACAGCGAGUUGCGGUUUAUAGAAAUCACAAACGGUGAAAACAUGCCUUCUGAGUGUGACUUGUAGAAUGUGAUUGUUUGAUUUGUUUAUAUAAUUUCUUGUCUAGCUCUCAGGUACUGGAUAUUCAUCAUGCCUUCAUUGAAGUGGUCAUCAAGGGAAACGUUGCAUGGAAGCUGCAAGGGAUGACCAGCUCUGCAUAUCGUGAUCCACGGGGAGACUUUGUAAAUUAAAGGAAAGAAAAUCAUAUUCACUUGGUAUAGCUUAUCAUAGUUUUGUAAAUAUAUCUAAAUGUCAACAAUAAGUUAGCAAAGUAAAAAAAAAAAAGAAGAGUACAUUCUUGUACUUUCUUGUUUUUUUUUUCUUUUUGAUUUUUUUUUUCUUUUGUUUUUGGAUGAAAAUUAUUCCUAUUUGAUGUCAUUAUUAUGGCAGGAAUGCCUUUGCAAAGGGUUGAUUGUAAAUUAAAGCAAAUUGUUAAAUAAUUGACAUCAGAUGAUUAAUUAAAUCACUAAAUACUGUUUCUUAUUUUAACACCACCUUUUUUCAUAUAGUUAGUCCAAGGCCAUAUAUGCAAAGUAAUUAUAUCUGAGAAAAUUCCUUUAAGCAUGUGAUGUUUGACUCUACAGAUGUGUUGCAAAGAAAAAAAAAAUGUAUGUAUAUUUAUUAAGUUACAAUGCAUUGUCACCCAAUUCACAAAAUCCCCAGAAGAACCUGUAGGAAAGCGUUACCAGAAUGUUUUUUUUAAAAGAACAUUAACAGCAAAUAAUGUCAACAUAUUGUACAUAAAUGUUAGAAUGCAAAUUUAGCAGCAGAAUUGAAAGCUACAUCAGGUGUUGCAUCUUCAUAAAAUUGCUUAUGCUAUCAUUAUGUAUAUGAUUUUGGAGUUACUCUGUAUUCUACCUUACCCCAACUGUAACCAUAUUUAUAUUUUUAAACAAGUGAAACCCAAA